AUGCUUGAGACGAUUUCUAUACAACCCUUGCCUGGGAGGAGGCUUAGGCCUCAGAAGCUCGGACUUCUUCACGUGCCCCGUGAGGUUCAGCUCCUCAUGUAUGAAUUCGCACUCAUCGAGUGCCCCAAGUGGGAGAAAGGUCACAAACCAGGGUGUCGGUAUAAGCCGAAUGAUAUUCAUUGCACCGAGAUCCCCCCAUUCCUCAACCUUUCCAUCAAUAUAUGGCAGACUUUGGAAGGAGAAUUUAAGCAAAACAUCGGCAAUCACUGCAACUGUGCGAAGCGCGAUGGACUCGGUCUCUUAGGUGUGAAUCGUGAGAUACAUAAUCUCGCCGCCCCGAUUUUCUGGUCGCAAAACACCUUUUGCUUCCUCGACGCCAUGGAGUUUCUUGCUACUGUUGGCCAUAGGCUGCGAGACGAAUGCCGCAACCACCUUCGAUCAAUCAGCAUCUUGAACCCGGACGCGACCGGCUUCUCAAACCAUGUUUCCCUUCCGUAUAGCCUAUCACGGAGCAAGGCUAAUAUGCAAGCAUUCUGGUCGACUGUGAGAAAAUGCAAACAACUUGCUAAGCUGGAGCUGCCACCGCCAUAUAUCAAGCCCGCGUUAUUCAGCAUCGAUCAGUGGGGUCUUCUCGCAGAGCAUCUGACGGAGCUCAGAACUGUUCGAUUUAGCUACCUUCUUCCAUAUACUAACGUGGACUGCGGCUGGGGCCGUCCUUCUCAUUUCAGAUACUUUAACCCGUCUUGUAGAUACCCUGGGCAGCAGGAUGUGUUUGUCCGGUGCUCAAGGACAGUGCCUCUCAGGCAGGAAGAUUGGACGUCAGAAGCAGCAACCGAAUUUUACAGGGAAAUGGAGCUCAAUUUUAAGAUCCACGUCGACACGAUUGUAAAGACCAAGUUUCUGAAUGCCGACCCGGAACGCUUAGCCAAUUACCAAAACACAUUCAAACUCCUACCCAGUUUAGACGAACAUCACCGCACCCAUCGCAUCACGUUACCAAUUGGAGAAAAAACAGCCAUCAAGUUUUACGGACUUCCUAUUAGCAAGAAGACGAGGAUACAGCAAGCUCGGAAAAGGCAGGCACUGGACCGGACACAAAGGCUCAAGAACGGAUUGACCCAGUCACAGUUCGAGGAGCAACAAGAACGCAAGAACCAACUCAAAGAGCAGGAAGAACGGAAGGAGAUGAGAGAACGCGAUGAUGCUCUGGUGGAGAGGCGGAUGCGGCGCAUCCAGAUACAUGAUGCUGAGGCGGCUACAGUGAAGAAGCAGAAGAAGAAAGUUAGGAAAGAGGACGCAAAGAGAAAAGAGCAGAGGAAGCUAGAGAGGAAGCGGGCGAGUUGA